AUGCCAGCUGCCGUGAAACGCACACUCACAACCGCUCUCGUCCGCCUUUCCUCCAUCUUAUCUGUGAGAAUGCCUUCGGACGCUUGCUACCCACCCGGCAAUCUCAGCAACACCAACCACCCUCCGAUCACCCACAACCAGCUUUGUAUUUCGCUGUCGGAACCGACUCUCGCGGCAACGGAGGCAAUAAUUUCGCACCAGAUGCGGCGCCAACGCAAGCAGGAGCAAGCUAUGAACUCGAGCCACCGACCUGGCAAGACUGCGAUGCGAUACCUCACAAAGAUCAGAUCAUUCUGCACCAUUACGUUCACGAAGCCUGUAUCCCUUUGUGCCCCACCACCUCAUAUCUUUCUGUCUGAGGCUUUGGAGACCAUCCACUCUCUCAGUUCGUUGGCAGCGACAGACGUCGACGAUACCAUCCACGUCUCCAAUCUCCCACUCUUAGCAAGUGAGGCUUUCAGAGAAGAACUGUACGUUCGUGGUUACCUCGAACGACCCGAUCAGGACAAUCGUCUGCUCCGCCGACCAUGGUGUAUUGUCCGACCGCGGCUACUCCGGGUAUUCCACAACCGCUGGCCGAAACAGGUUACAGCUGUCCCAGUUUCCUCCAGAAGCCCUCAACACCCGUCUCCACAGGCUAUUGGUAGGCGUGGAGGACUCACAGUUGCGGAGGCGCUCAAGUCUGCCAAUAUUGAGGGGGACCCUUGUACAUCAACUCCGACGAGACCAUCUCCUAGUAACCAGUCGAUCUACUGGUCUUGCAAGUCGCCACAAACGGCCCCCGAUUCAUCUACAUCUCCUUUUGUCCAAGAAAGCCCUUUGUCGACUACCCAGUCUUGCGACUUCUGUGAAUCCUCUGACGUUUCGUCGCAUACCACAUCUCCCUCGUCGCCGGAGCUUGCGGUCCUCAAUUGCAAGGAGAAGAGUGUUCUGGGUACGAUAUCUGAAGCAGCUCUGCGGUCCUUGGCGCCUCGCGUUGCGUUGAUGAAGGCGAAGCGUUCAUGUAUGGAUGUGGAUGCGAGGAGUUUUCAAAGGCUGCGCUUGAAUGAUGAUUUUUGUUCGUUCUUGACGUUGCUUGAGAAUGCCACGGGGUACUUAAGGUUGCUUAGCGUUGUUGAGCGCUGGCGUUUGCGGCGCGGCGAUCCACACCCUAGAUCAGUAUAUGUUUCACCUCAUCACUCAGAGCUACUCUCGGCUGGCCCCGGCGUAGAGAUGACUUCGGAAUGUAGAAUGUCAGACCCAAGGAUUCAGUGUCCGAACACUCAAGUACGGCAAUACCCUUGGGUUAUUAAUACGUCAUCCAUUUACCUCUUUCACUUCUACGAAAUGCACCAGACAGUCUUAGGACACAACUCAGGGCCCUCAUUCUUGCUUCCGUGUUUUUCAAACAUUGAAAUUGAAUUGUGGGGGUGCAAGGAACCCUUGGAAGGCGAAGAACUCCGAAGGUGGCGUAGUGCUAAUGACCACGAACAGCCUCGAGGCAGGGUUCAUGUCAUAGCUAACGUGAUCGAUUCUCACCAGGUCAAUGUUAUCCAGGACCCAAUUUCUCUUCACCUGAGUCUGAAAAUUCCUGAUUCCCAUUUCAACAUAUCCCUUGACCACGCCCGUGUCCCUUCUUACGCUCUUCUUCGUUUUUUUGAACAUGCGAUCGUCACACUUUUCUCACCGUUUCAUGGACUGUCUUUGGCAACGUUCCAGAAUAUAUCUGUACCAGCAUCAGCCUUCAGCAAUGGCAAAGGCUCCUAUUCAAUAUCACCAUUGACAUUGGCGGCGGGAACACUAUUUCUGCUCACUAUGUCGGACGCCACUGGAUUUGGUUCGGGCGGGACGACAAACCAGUUAACUGUUGGGAAUCCUGUUGCAAAUAACAACUGCAACACUGAAGUUUUAUCACCUCCUUACACGUUUGAUCUGUCGCCACUCCAACUCCUGCAAUGCAGUCAAUUUACCCUUUCCUAUACUGGUGCAACUCUACCCGUUACUAUUGUGCAACUCAUUCCUGGUGGACAAUCAACCGUAUUCAAUUCAGUGAAUAGCAACACGUUUACCUCGGUUGCAAAUGUUAACACAGGAACGAACCUCAUGUUUCUUAUGACCGACUCUGCGGGCAGACAAGGUGGUGACUCUGGGUUCGAGCAGGUCUUAUCGUCGAGCAAUGCCUCGUGCCUCAACGCCAACUCGCCGUCAUCCACUUCAAGCAUGUCGGCCACGGCCACUGCUUCGACUUCGGCUUCAUCGACAUCUAAUCCAAGUAGUUCAACGAGCAGCAAUGUCGCUGUUAUCGCAGGCUCGGCAGUCGGCGGUGCGGCGGCCCUUGCUGCAUUGGUCAUACUCGGCAUGUGCUUGUUGCGGCGUAAACGAAAAGCGUCUCGCUCUCUGAGUCCGGACAUCAUAACUUCUCCAAAAAGCCGUCCAGGCCAAUUGCAGCGUACGGAUCCCGAUUACGAAGCCAUCCCUCAAGGUGACAUUGCGCCACAAUUCCAAUUCCCAUACAAGACAAACCCCAUCAACUACCAUACCCAACCCACUCAACGCAGCCUGAGAACUCAAUCAGACAUGACAAGUUCAUCCGCCGGCACAUUCGCAGUUAGCGCUCCUCCCACACCAUUCAGUCACACACAACACUCGCGCCAGAGCUCUAACACGGACUUUCCUAUCUACGGAGACGCUCGAAGUUCAACUACCAUGUCAUCCGCUUACAACCGUAUGGCCGCGACUCAACCGACAUCACAAACCUACCCAUCACCAUACCCUAUCAGCUACCUGUCUCCACCCAUUCAACCUGGAAGCCAAUCACCUCCUCCUAAUGCGUCUACUGGUAACUUCACAGCCAGCGACCAUCCCACGUUGUUCAACCAGACACUGCAUUCACGCCAGAGCUCAAAUGCAGACUUUGCUGUGUACGGGGACGCUCGAAGUCCGGCUAUGUCAUCCGUUGACAGACGAAUGGCUACCGUCGCUGAAACAACAUCACCAUCACCAUGGCAGACAGAUCCCAGUAGCUACUCCGGUCCGCCCAUUCAAUCCGGACCCCAAUCACCUCCUCUCAAUGCGUCUGCCGGCAACUUCGCGGCUAGGGACGUUCCCGCACCCUUCCAUCAGACACAGCCUUCCGAGUCAGGCAGGAGCUUUAACACAGACUUUACUGUCUACAGUGGAGACGCUCGAAGUUCAGAUAUGUCAUCUGUUGACAAGAAUGCGUUUGCAGGGGCUAGACCAGCAUCACCGUUACCACGGAAGACAGACCCUAUCUACCUUGCUCCGCCCGUUCAACACGGAUCCCAAUCCAUCUCUGCCCAAGCGCCUGCCGGCCAUGUCACAGUCAACGACCCUUCCACACUCGGUCAAACAGACUAUCAAACUCCGGCUCGAAUCCUUGUGCAUACCGACGCUGAGGAUGUUGUGCCAGAUAGCAAUGGCGUAGUCGAACUUCCGCCGCAGUAUUCGGACUAUCGGGGAGUCCGUGCCUCGUAA